CAGCAGGAGGUGGACGCAGAGGGGUCUGCUCACAGGGCUUUGAUGUUCCAGCCUGUGCUUUGAAGCACUAGGCUUCACCAUCCGGGCUACAGCUGAGGUGGUAGAGAGCAGCCAGGUGCCACGGCAUUGCUCCACCCUGCUCUGAGGUAGCUGCUGUUUCUCGGGAACAGGGAGACUGAAUUCCUUGCUUGGGCAGACGUGAUCGCAAGUCUGCUCUCACCGCAGAGUGAGGGUGAGGACCUCAGCGGUUUCACGUCUGUGUGUCCGGGUGAGGCCAAGCACUGCUUCAUGAUGGCACAUGGAGCGAGGGGCCGUGUGCUUCCUGGGGCUUUCCAGCUGGCGCUUGGCUUUGUGUUUGGGGCUAGUGACUUUCUGCAUGGUCACCUAGAGGUAGGGAGCUAGACAAACUCUCAGAAGGAAAGGCAGGCUGAAUAGUGGACAGAGAACACUGUAGUGACCAGGUAGGAAGUCAUCAGAAGGGGUGGGCCAGUAAGUUGAUAAAAAGGGAACAGGCUGUGUCCUGGCGUGUAGCGUGCUCCGCCGGGGAGGGGAAGCCGUGGUUCAGAGGGAGCAGUGUUUUUCCUGCAGUGUUGGAGACUCAGCCCAGGCCUUCCACAUGCUCGGCCAGCACUGCAAGCGGCAGAGCUGGGGACCUGUGACCUCCGUAUCCAGCUAGCCAUGGAACAUUUUGGCUCUGGCCACCAGCCCCUUAGGUGAGGACUCCGUCUGGGGCCCAUUGCACAGCCACACCAUGGAGGUGAAGAGGACUCUUCCAGCCGGGGGAACUGUCCUUUGAACACCGUGGUCCAGCUCUGCUGGUUCCUCCUGCUAACCAUCUUCAAGCGAGGCUCCUGCUGGCCCACGGAUGGGGAGGUGGGCCCUGGAUGUCGCCUUUGUGUGGAAGGCGGUACUGACGCUGGGCCUGGUCCUCCUCUACUACUGCUUCUCCAUAGGCAUCACCUUCUACAACAAAUGGCUGACCAAGAGCUUCCACUUUCCCCUCUUCAUGACCAUGCUGCAUCUGGCCGUGAUCUUCCUCUUCUCAGCCCUGUCCAGGGCGCUGGUUCAGUGCUCCAGCCACAGGGCCCGAGUGGUGCUCAGCUGGACUGACUACCUCAGAAGAGUGGCCCCCACAGCACUGGCAACAGCACUUGAUGUGGGCUUGUCUAACUGGAGCUUUCUCUACAUCACCGUAUCACUGUACACAAUGACCAAAUCGUCCGCCGUGCUCUUCAUCCUGAUCUUCUCUCUGAUCUUCAAGCUGGAGGAGCUGCGUGCAGCCCUGGUCCUAGUGGUCCUUCUCAUCGCUGGGGGCCUCUUCAUGUUUACCUAUAAGUCCACACAGUUCAACGUGGAGGGCUUUGCCUUGGUGCUGGGGGCUUCAUUCAUCGGUGGCAUCCGCUGGACCCUUACACAAAUACUUCUGCAGAAAGCUGAACUGGGCCUUCAGAAUCCCAUUGACACCAUGUUCCACCUGCAGCCACUCAUGUUCCUGGGACUCUUCCCUCUCUUUGCCAUAUUUGAAGGUCUCCAUUUGUCCACCUCAGAGAAGAUCUUCCGCUUCCAGGACACAGGGCUGCUCCUGUGGGUUCUUGGGAGCCUCCUCCUUGGCGGGAUUCUGGCCUUCGGUUUGGGCUUCUCCGAGUUCCUCCUGGUCUCCAGAACAUCCAGCCUCACUCUCUCCAUCGCUGGCAUUUUUAAGGAAGUCUGCACCCUGCUGCUGGCGGCUCACCUGCUGGGUGAUCAGAUCAGCCUCCUAAACUGGCUGGGCUUCGCACUCUGCCUCUCCGGCAUCUCCCUGCAUGUGGCCCUCAAGGCCCUGCAUUCUAGAGGUGAUGAUGGCCCUAAGCUCCCGAAGGGCCCGGACCCCAGCGCUGACCUGGAGCUGCUGCUCUGGAGCAGCCAGCAGGAAGAGGAUGACGAGGAGUAUUUUGUGACCCAGGGGCAGCAGUGACCAGUCCAGGAGCAGUGGAAGCAAGCCACUCUGCUGUCCGCUCUGUUAACCACUCUUGGUUGGGACCGGGGGCCCAGCUGCUUCCUCAGAGCAACUGCAGGUGGUGGCCUAAGAGUCACCUGUAGGACCCUGGUGGGGGUGGGGUGGCUCCUGCUCUUUCCUGGGAAGCGUGGUCCAUAAAGUGGAUGCCAGGCUCACCCAAGACCUGAGCUGGCAGUGAAGGAAGCCAGUAACCUCUUCUCCACUGUUGCUCUGGCUCAGAGAGCCAAGAUGAACUUCAGAUGUGUGUAGUUUCUCGGGUUGCUGGGUUCGGACUGCAGGGCAUGGCCUGGGAAGGAGCUGUGGAGAAGCUGGGCCUCAUCACCUGGACAGCAGCUUCCUCAGAGAGUGGAUUUAUUUAUAGUUGAAAUAAUGAUUUCCUUCUCCACUGCCCAAUGUUGCCUGAGGCAUGAGAGCAAGGAGAACCCUGGGGCCUGGCCUCUCCUUCCCCUGCCUGGGGCCUUUUCCUCUGCCCUGCCCUGCCCUCUGUAGCUCCUGCUCCUCUUUCUGCCCCAGACCGCAUCCUUGGGGCCAUACUACAGACCCACCACCAGUAUUUGCUCAGUACCAUCGUCUGGAGACUGCCAGAGUCACAGCCUAGGUUUGCAUUCUCUCUCCGCCAUGUCCUACCCAUUGUGCGACUUUAAGUGGAUGACUUAGUUUCUCUGUGCUGUAGGUUGUCUAUCUGUUUUUUAAGAAGAAAAGGAAAGAAGAUAAUGUCUAUCCCAGGCUUUCUGGAGAAUGUCACAGAUUAAAUAUUAUGUAUGUAUUCUUUAAAUAUUGUCAAGAACGGAGAGGCCAUGGCCUAAAAAAGAAUUUACUGAACUGCUGGGUGAGGAUUCAAGGCUGCUUGCUAUGUGUGAGGAGGGACUUGGUUCCAGAAUGUGGGCCAAGUUGUGCACUUGUCUAGACCACAGUCCCGUGGGAGGCAACAGGGCCAUGCUGUGGCGCUGAGCCCUCUCAUAGCUUGGCGUCUGGUGGUUGCGCCCUCCUCAGAGAGCUGGUCCCCUCUGCUUUGGCAGGGGAGCCGCCAAGCAGGCUUUCCUGUAGAAGUGCUUCAGGCACUCACGGCAGGUGGCGCCAUUGGCUCACAGUUUGGCUCCAGCCCUGCCUGCUGCCACCCCUGCCCAAACCCUGGCAGCAGAGGGUGCCUGACAGCAGUGGCAUCUGUGUAAGUUUGGGCAAAGACCCAGAAGGGGCUCUGUGUAGAGCUGGAGCGAGUAGAUCUCCAUUGGUGCCCAGAACGCACGGACCACAGACUUCUGGAAGGGACAGAUAGUAAAUAUUUCCAUUGAGGACCAUAUGGUGUAUGUUGCAACUUGAAGCAGGAAAGAAGCCUUGCAUGGCACAGACACAAAGGGGUGGGGCUACAACCCAAUAAAAUCUGGUUUCUGAAAGUGAGUUCUUGCCCACCUCCUGCUGGAGAGGGAUCCCUGGGAAUUGAGAGUCUGGCAAGGAGACUGAGGCCCAGGAGAACCCUGACUGCCUGCAGCCCUUAAAGGAGCUGGAACUGUGAUUGGUGUCGAGUUCCUGGCACCCUCCACUCUCUAGAACACUACCUUAUCUGGCCCCUGCCCUCUGCCUUGGGCUCUGCAAGCUUGGAGGU